UAAAGCAAAAUUUCAGCAACUGAAAAAUGUUAUCUCGAUUCUUGGGGAUGAAGAAAAGCGAGCCAUUUAUGAUAAGAUUAGUUGUGUUGAUGAUGCUAACCUUGCCGGGGAUGUUGUCAAGAAUCUUCACAACUACUUUAGAACAAUGUACAAGAAGGUCACUGAAGCUGAUAUUGAGGAGUUUGAAGCAAACUAUAGGGGAUCUGACUCAGAGAAAAAUGAUUUGAUUGAUUUGUACAAUAAGGUCACUGAAGCUGAUAUUGAGGAGUUUGAAGCAAACUAUAGGGGAUCUGACUCAGAGAAAAAUGAUUUGAUUGAUUUGUACAAGAAGUGCAGAAGUGUUUGUUUGGAUUGGCCAGUCUGUGGACCCAAAAGAAAAACAAAAUGAUUUUGAAAUUGGCCAGGUAAACAUGCUCAA